GCAGGAAGUAGUUUGCGGAGAAAAGGGCUGCAUUUCUGUGCAGCAAAUAUUUUCUUUUACACCUUUCCUGAGAUACUGUUUGUCUGUGAAGGUGGAAUAUAAAGAGGAACAACUACAAGUGUAACAACAACUGAAGUCUACUGACAUGUUGCAAAAAUGAAGUCCAUUAAAGAGGAGAAAGAAGACUUGAGUGAUUCAGAGCCAUUGAUAGUGAAACAUGAAGAUACUGAGGAACAAAGAGACUUGAUGGAAGUGAAAGAGGAAAGCCAAGAACUGAAUGAUGAGGUGGAGAAAAAUCUGAAUGAUAAAUCUGAUUUCAUUUUUGAUGAAAAAUAUUCUAGUUGCUCACAGAAAACAACCAAAAAAUCAUUUACAUGCCCUCAGUGUGGAAAGAGUUUCAUUUGCAGAAGAAAUCUUAACAUUCACUUAAAACUUCACUCUGGAGAGAAGCCUUUCACAUGCCUUCAAUGUGGGAAGAGUUUUGCACGAAAAGCACACCUUAUGAGUCAUAUGAAAAUUCACACAGGAGAGAAGCCGUUUACAUGCUCUCAGUGCGGAAACAGUUUUGCACGAAAAGCACACCUUAGAAGUCAUAUGAGAAUUCACACCGGAGAGAAGCCUUUCAUAUGCUCUCAAUGUGGAAAGAGUUUUGCACAAAAAGCACACCUUAGGAGUCAUAUGGCAAUUCACACCGGAGAGAAGCCUUUCAUAUGCUCUCAAUGCGGAAAGAGUUUUGCACGAAAAGCAGUUCUUAAGAAGCACCUGAGAGUUCACACUGGAGAGAAGCCUUUCACAUGCCUUCGGUGUGGAAAGAGUUUCACACAAAAAGGAUACCUGAAGAGUCACGUGAUGAUUCACACUGGAGAGAGGCCUUUUACGUGCUCUCAAUGUGGAAUGAGUUUUGCACUUAAAAGAGAACUUGAGGUGCACCUGAGAAUUCACACAGGAGAGAGGCCAUACACAUGCCCUCAGUGUGGAAAGAGUUUUACACGGAACGCAGUUCUUAAGAGGCACCUGAGAUUUCACUCUAGAGAGAAGCCUUUCGCAUGCACUCAGUGUGGAAAAUCUUUCGCAAUAAAAGGAGAUCUUGAAAGGCACCUGAGAAUUCACUCUAUAGACAAGCCUUUCACAUGUCUUCAGUGUGGAAAGAGUUUCAAAUAUGCUGGCUAUCUCAUAAUUCAUCAGCACUCUCACUCUGGACUAAACUCUGACCUUAUGGAAGUAAAAGUGGAAAGUCAACAACUGAAUGAUGUGGAGGAGAAACAUCAGAAUGACAUAUGUGAUUUCAUUUUUGGUGAAAAAUCUUCUAGUUGCUCACAGAUGAAAACUAAUUUCUCAAAAAAAAGAACUCCAAGAACAAGAGUCAAAAAAACCUUCACUUGCCCUCAAUGUGGAAAAAGUUUUGCACUCAAAGCAGUUCUUCAAAAGCACCUGAGAAUUCACACCGGAGAGAAGCCUUUCACAUGCACUCAGUGUGGAAAGUGUUUUACGCAAAAAGGACACCUUAAGAGUCACAUAAUAAUUCACACUGGAGAGAAGCCAUUUACAUGCGCUCAAUGUGGAAAGAGUUUUGCACUCAGAACAGUUCUCAAAAAGCACCUGAGAAUUCACUCUGGAGAGAAGUCUUUCACAUGCACUCAGUGUGGAAAGAGUUUUAUACAAAAUGGACACCUUAAGAGUCACAUGAUAAUUCACACUGGAGAGAAGCCAUUUUCAUGUGCUCAAUGUGGAAAGAGUUUUGCAGUAAAAGGAGUUCUUAAGAAGCACCUGAGAAUUCACACAGGAGAGAGGCCUUUCACAUGCCCUCAGUGUGGAAAGAGUUUCACAAAUAAAGAACACCUUAAAAGUCAUAUGAUGAUUCACACUGGAGAGAGGCCUUUCACAUGCACUCAAUGUGGAAAGAGUUUUGCACUCAAAGCAGUUCUAAAAAAGCACCUGAGAAUUCACACAGGAGAGAAGCCUUUCACGUGCACUCAGUGUGGAAAGAGUUUCACACAAAAAGGACACCUUAAGAGUCACAUGAUUAUUCACACUGGAGAGAGGCAUUUUACAUGCCCUCAAUGUGGAAAGAGUUUUGCACUCAAAGCAGUUCUAAAAAAGCACCUGAGAAUUCACACCGGAGAGAAGCCUUUCACAUGCACUCAGUGUGGAAAGAGUUUCACACAAAAAGGACACCUUAAGAGUCACAUGAUGAUUCACACUGGGGAGAGGCGUUUUAAAUGUGCCCAGUGUGGAAAGAGGUUUGUAAGGAAAGGAGAUCUUAUAAAGCACAUGAGAAUUCACACUGGAGAGAAGCCUUUUAUAUGCCAUCAAUGUGGAAAGAGUUUUGCACGAAAAUCAGUUCUUGAGAGGCACCUGAGAAUGCACACCGGAGAGAGGCCUUUCAAAUGCCCCCAGUGUAGAAAGAGUUUCACACGCAAAGUACACCUUAAGAGUCACUUGAUGAUUCACACUGGAGAGAAUGUUUAA